UCCUCUGUCUUCAUCGUAGAAGAACUAUCAUCAUCCUCUUCACUCUAAGUGCUACCUCAAUAAAAAAAAUUGAUUGAAUUUUAUCUUCUCCAAACCAAAAAAAUAGAAAAUCUUCAAGGAAUUAGCUAGUUCUAGAUAGUAGAGAGUUAUGGAGAAACAAAAAAAUAUUUACAAAAAAGGAGAGAAUGGAAUUAUCAAGAAAGGUCAGUGGAAACCAGAAGAAGAUAUGAUUCUUAAAAGAUACAUAGAAACUCAUGGAGAAGGGAAAUGGACUACUGUUUCUAAGAAAUCAGGGUUGAUGAGGGGUGCAAAGAGUUGCAGGAUGAGAUGGAAGAAUCAUCUUAGACCAAAUAUCAAGCGAGGCCAGAUAUCAGAAGAUGAAGAAGAUCUUAUCAUCCGUAUGCAUAAGUUACUUGGCAAUAGGUGGUCGCUGAUAGCAGGCCGACUUCCCGGUCGAACAGACAAUGAGGUCAAAAAUUACUGGAACACGCAUCUCAGUAGAAGAAAUCUAAACCAGUAUCAAGGACAAACUGUAAUUCCUAGUGCUAUUAACUGUUCGAAGAGUAGGGGACUAAUACAAAUGGAAGAUCCAGAGAAACCAUUAAGGGGAACUACAAGCACCCACGAAAACUGUAUUAUGGACGGAAUAUUAGAUGAUCAAGGGAGAUUGGAUGCUGAGGCUGAUGUACAAAGCGACAAUACUACGACGACGACCAUCGAGACCCAACCGUCAUCUUCUGAGCAAAGAUCUGAUGAUAACAAUGGAAGUACGAUACUUAGUGAUCAGUCACUGGUAUCAGGUGAAAGUGAUGAUACAGAAGGUUCUACUUUCCCAGACUUUCCGAUGGUAGAUUAUAAUAUGAUAAGUGAAGAUGAAAAUUUUUCACUGUGGUUAUCAAACGAGACCAUAUUUUAUGAUGUCCCUCUCUUGCCAUCUUACGAUUACUACUUCCCUGUUUCGUAUGAGCCGUUCGAACAUAAUUCAGAUGACGACUACUGUGGUUGGGACAAAAACCUAAGCUGGCUCUGAUCAAAAAUAAGUAACUGGCGGCAACGUGCCAUAUGUAAUAUGUUAAUAUCUAUAGUGUAAUUGCUUAAUUAUUAUUAUUUUAAUGAUGCUAUUGUUAACUAUUAAUCAAGUUAUUUACAAUAAUUUUUAUGACAAGAUUCCGACAAGGUCAUUUUC